UUUCAAUGAAACAAAGUUUAUGUGGGGAUUUCCCAAAUUAAUCUCUAAGAAAAAACUGCGAGAUCAAUCAAAUGGAUAUCUCGUUCAUGACACCUUGGUUCUUGGAGCUGAAGUAUUUGUCUGCAAAAGACAACAACGAGUCACUGAGAGUGUAACUCUGCAUAGACCUACAAAAUCGCCACAAAAACGUGAAUGGAAGAUUGAAGGGUUCUCUAAAUUGGGAAAUGAUCCUUGGUUUUCUGAAGAAUUCACCAUAAUAAGUCUCGAUUGGAAGAUGAGGCUAUAUCCAAAUGGAUAUCAGAGUUCAAAAGGUCGUGCAAUGUCAAUGUUUUUGACAUGUGUUAGUGCCAAACAUUUUGAUGCUCAUACAAAAGUGAAGGUACGGUUUAUCGUGAGUGUAAAAGGCGGGUCCAAUUCUGAUGCUCGCUACAACACUGAAAACUUGAAUGAAUGGUUUACAUCUUCGAAUAGGAGUUGGGGACAAUUGGAAUUCAUUGAACAUGAUGAAUUGCAGGGUUUCAUUGUUGACGAUUGCUUCACUCUAGAAGUAAAUAUUUGUGUGCAACUUAUUGUGCUAUAAACUAUGUCGCAAGAUCGAUUUGGUUCAACUACAAGUGAGAAAUUAGGCAACAGCGUACCCCCAAGU